AGCGCGUCUUCUUUUGCCAUAUGGUGUACCUUUCCCUGCCAUCAGACAAAGCCGUCUAGGUCUUCCGACGUUCGCCUUCCGUGUUCUUCAACAAAUUGCACUGCACGAAUGUCGGCAUCCGUGUCGCUGUAUAAAACAGAGGAAGAGUUUCCCUUCAUUUCAUUAUCAAGAUUUGUGUGUUAUAGUCGCACUCAGUCUACUCUCCUUCUUUUCUCGACUAUGCGUCAAUCCUUUUUAACAUUUCUUACUGUGGCUUUAUAUGUGGUCACGACGAGCGCGACGAUCAGCGCUUCUGGUGACCUUGUCAUUUCUAACGUCGACGUCGCUCCGGAUGGUUACAAUCGCACUGCUGCCGUGGCGGGAGGAUCGGUUGUUGGAGAGCUAAUUACUGCAACUACAGGAGACACGCUUCAAAUCAAUGUGGUCAACAAUUUGGACAAUGAUAAUAUUCUUCAAAGCACUACGAUUCAUUGGCACGGACUCUUUACAACGGACACGAACUGGGCGGACGGCGUUGCCUUUGUAUCGCAAUGUCCUAUUGCCAAAGGAAAUUCGUUUCUGUACAGUGUUCCGACAAGCGGUCAAGCCGGUACAUUUUGGUAUCACUCUCAUCUGGCUACGCAGUAUUGUGACGGUAUUCGUGGCCCCCUCAUCAUCUACGACGACGAUGAUCCUAACGCAUCGUUGUACGAUGUUGACGAUGAGUCUACUGUCCUUAGUCUGUUUGAUUGGUAUCACUCCUUCGCGGAGACGUUGACUCUCCCUACCCCUGAUUCGAGUCUUUUCAACGGAAUGGGAAUUUGGUAUGAAAAUGCAACUGGUGAUCUUGCAGUGGUCACAGUGGAUUCUGGUACACGAUACCGGUUCCGUUUGAUUAACAUGGCUUGUGAUGCGAACUUCGUCUUCCAAAUCGAGGGGCAUGACAUGACCGUAAUCGAAGUUGAUGGUAUUAAUCAUGAAGCAUACACAGUUGAUGAGAUUCAGAUAUUUGCCGGUCAACGAUAUUCGUUCAUUCUGACAGCAAAUCAGACUGUCGACAAUUAUUGGAUUCGAUUCAACCCUGAUGUGGGAACCACGGGAUUUACAGAUAACAUCAACUCGGCUAUUUUGCGCUAUAACGGAGCCAACGAGACGAACCCCGCAGAUGCUGAUGUUACAAGCACGAACGCUCUUGACGAGGCUAAUCUUGUUCCGCUAGACCCUGGAGUGCCGGGUACUGCUACCGCUGGAGGUGUCGAUGAUGCAAUCAACUUGGCUGUGGCAUUCACAACCGAUUUCUUAUUUACCGUCAACGGCGAAGCAUACACACCACCAACCAUACCUGUGUUGCUACAAAUCUUGAGCGGUGCUGAAGACGUAUCAAGCCUUCUCCCUAGUGGCUCGAUCUAUUACCUACCAAAGAACGCGAGCGUUGAGCUCUCAGUUCCUGCUGGUGUUGCUGGGGGACCACAUCCCCUCCAUCUUCACGGUCAUAGCUUCGAUGUCGUCCGUGUUGCAGGAAGUGACACGUACAACUACGAUAAUCCUGUUCGUCGCGACGUUGUCAGCCUUGGUGUAGCUGGAGAUAAUGUCACGAUUCGCUGGACGACUGACAACCCCGGACCAUGGAUCCUUCAUUGUCACAUUGACUGGCACUUGGAACUUGGUUUCGCCAUCGUCUUUGCAGAAGAUACCGGUGACUGGAAUUCGACUGAGUCUCCAUCCACUGCAUGGGAUGACCUCUGUCCCAUCUACGAUGCACUUGAUUCGUCGGAUUUAUAAUUAAACUGUCCUAAGCUUUAUCUAAGGACUAUCAUUGUAAUAACUAACAUUCGUUUCUUUUUAAAUUCGCCUACGUUAUGACUAUGUUGCCGGACUUUCCUUUACUUCAACUUUACCUACAGGGUAGAUUAUUUAUUGACUAUUCUGUGAAAGCAUGAUGGCAUUACCUCGUGUUUCCGAUAUUAUAAAGUCUACAUCAUAUCUAUCUUUGAA